UCAAGGUAAUUUUGAUUUUCAGUUCUGUUGAAAAUUGGAACAUCUGAAGGUAAUUCUUUUUGCAAUAAGAGUUUAAAUCUCCCUUAUUUGCAUCAUAAAUUAACGUACCAGUAAAGAAACAGUAUUUUAUAUCAUUCCCUAUAACUUUCUUCAAAGUUUCAAAGGUAAAAAGUGUGAUGCCAUUAAUAAACCUCAAUGUUGCAGCCAUUUAGCACACGCAGAGAUUAUGCGUGAUGGUUUUUAAAAUUACUCAUUGUAUAGGCCGAGAGUACACGAUUAUCCAUCAAGUUUUCAUCAAAUUCCAGCCAGAUGGAAACUGCAUGAUCACCAACACCACCACCUUUACCGGGUCCCAUGUAAACAGCUCCUGCACGAUCGCCAACACCACCAUUAGACGUCCAAGAUGGUCCAGAUGACAUCGUUGGUGUUGGAAUCCCUUACGAAUGGAAUGAGCCUCUUGAGGAAGACAGCAUGGACAAUGACACUGUGGAUGGUGACCUCCCGAUGAAUGACGAGGUCACAUACGACCUUGUAGUGUCAUCCUCACAACGGCGGAAUCUACUCACAGACUCAAGGGGGUACAGCUACACCGUCAAGAAGGUUCGGGGUGAGAAGACGUACUGGAGAUGCGCCGUCCGUAACAAGACCAUCCAGUGCGGUGCGUCUGUGAUACAGACGGGAGACCACUUCGAAGCGGGGUCGGUCGAGCACAACCACCCUGGGAAGCCAGGGAACAACGUUGUGGCUCGCCUGAUCACCAAGGUGAAGGAUAGGGCCGUUGCCAUUACGUUCAGGUCAGCUACUGCAAUCACUAACGAAGCGAUUGGAGAAACAGUAUCGGACGCUCCCCUACCAGCUUUGCCAAAGCCCAUCAACCUAGCUCGCUAAGCAAAUCGUGCUCGGCAGAGGUUGAGACCGCAGGACCCCAACGACCUGGACUUUGAUUUCCAAGAAGACUUCAUUGAUGAGGAUUUCCUCCGCAAAGACAUCAGGCGGGGGAAGGAGAGACAUCUUGUUUUUGCAGCAAGGCACCAGUUGACAUUACUGGCCAGCAGCAAACGAUGGUAUGUGGAUGGAACAUUCAAGGUGGUGACCAAGCCAUUUUCACAGCCGUUCUCCAUUCACGCUUUCGUUAAGCGUGAUGGGGAGAUGAAACAGGUCCCUCUGUGUUUUGUCUUGAUGCUGUCGAGGCUGAGAUGAGAUUACAGGUGGGUGUUCCGUGCUGUCAAGGAUUGCCUACUUGAAGUCGUAGGGGAUGUCCAAGUUGAGCAAUGCAUGCUCGACUUUGAGGUGUCAGCCUGGAAGGCCAUGCAGGAGGUAUUCCCGGAGGUCCAGUGCCAUGCAGGAUGUGUUCCACUGGAAACAAGCGGU